AUGUUCACAAAGUCUCUCUCGACGCUCUCCAUCCUCGCUAUUGCUCUCUCAGUGUCACAGCAAGUCCUCGGACACGCAGUCAUCACUCCCGCAAUUGGCAUUUCAGGCGUACCUGUACGUGCAGAUGCGAAACGCACUUCAGAUGCCGCUCCAUGUGGAACCGGCGUUGACGUGACGAGUGCAAUUCCUGGCUCUGAUGCUGUGUCUGCAAACGGAGACGCAUUUACCGUCACUGUUACCAAUUUCAAUGGUGGCCAGGAUGGCUCGACCGAGAUCACGGAGACUCUCAUCGACCCAUCUGGCACCGGUGCAUCUUUCACCGGUGGUUCGGCAACGAUCACACAGAAUGGAGUCCUGGCACCCGCAUCGACUGGUUCCGUGCAAGUUUCGGGUACUUUGCCUUCAGGCACUGCGUGCACUGGUGGUAAUGAUGGUGCGAGCUGCCUUGUGAGCUUCACAACGGCCGGAGGUUUUGGGAACUGUGUUCUCAUUUCUCAAGCUGGCGCUGAUUCGGAAGCGAAGAAGGCUGUUAGGAGCCGUAUUGCUCGUCUCGAUUAA